CCGUCAUCAACGUCAAAGUACUUGUGAACAUCCCACCCUUGUUUGCAUAAUCUCGAGCAACGGAUACCUAUAGCCAUGGUUCUCGCAGCCGUGGGGCAAAUCUGCUCGACUGCAAGUCUUGCUGCAAACUUGGCGCAAUGUCAAACGUUGGUGCGCAAAGCAGCUGCGGCUGGUGCUAAAGCAUUGUUUCUUCCCGAGGCCUCGGACUAUAUCGCUUCCUCGCCUACAGAGAGUACUUCUCUAGUACGCUCUGUGCAAGACAGUGAAUUUGUACUGGGCCUCCAGAAAGAAGCGAAGCUGGCCAGUCUGCAUAUCAAUGUAGGAAUCCACGAACCGGCAGCGAACGGAAGAAUCAAAAACACCCUUAUUUGGAUCGAUGAAAAGGGCGAUAUUACGCAACGCUACCAGAAAAUCCAUUUGUUCGAUGUGGAAAUCAAGGACGGACCAGUAUUGAAGGAGAGCGCGAGCGUCGAGAAGGGGAUGGAGAUGUUACCCCCGUUUGAAACACCCGUCGGGCGUGUUGGCUUGUCUAUCUGCUUUGAUUUACGCUUCCCCGAGAUAAGUCUGGCGUUACGGCGACAGAAGGCUCAGAUCGUCACCUAUCCAUCAGCUUUCACGGUUCCUACCGGAACGGCACAUUGGGAAACUCUGCUACGCGCCAGAGCUAUCGAGACACAGUCCUAUGUAGUAGCCGCUGCGCAGGCUGGACCUCACAACGAGAAGAGGAGAAGCUACGGCCAUUCCAUGAUCAUCAAUCCAUGGGGAGAGGUUGUGGCGAAACUUGGAGAUGAGUAUCAGGAGCCGCAGAUCGCGGCCGCAGAUAUUGAUUUGGAUCUCCUUGCCAAAGUUAGGAGGGAGAUGCCACUACUCAGGAGAACGGAUAUAUACCCAGAAGUAUAGUCCUUAGAUUUGACCUAGCGUAGUCCAACAAGAUUUGUAGAUAGUGAUUCAUACGAAGAAAUCAAUGUCG